CCGCAGGUGUGUCCGCGCGACGUCAGCACAGGUAUCGGACGUGGAACGAGUUUCUGGGACAGUACGCAGCGCGCCUUCCCGGUAAAACCUCUCAUCCACUCCCGCCCACCGCCGUCUCAUGGACACACAGACACCUGCUCAAAAAUAUGGUGGAGACGUCUCUGGGUUCUGACAACAAGCCUUCAAGCUUUCGGAUUUCUACAAGGCGGGCUGGGACCGAUUUCUUCAUUUCUUAAGCUGGUGAACCCUGGCUUCAGGAGAAGGCGACAUGCACGGCACCUGGGCCGGAACAGGUAACGGGGGAGGCGGCGGCGGUGGCGGCGGUCUGCGCGGCUUCGCCAAGCUGGCCAACCGGCCUCCACCUAACCAGCAGUCGGGCUGCCGGGACCCGUGCGCCGAGAUCCCGCUCUGCCGCGCCAUCGUGACGCUCAUCCUGGGCGGCCUGCUCCUCAUAGCCGGCAUCGUCAUCACGGCGCUGCACUACUCGGGGCAGCUGCAAGGGGACGACACGGGGACCGUGGGACCGGUGCUGCUGUGUCUCGGCUUCGUGUUCUGUCUGCUCGGCAUCGUCUGGAUCCCCAUCCUCAGGCGGAAGGAGGCCCGGCGGCAAGGCACGGACUUUUACGAGGCGCAGGCCGAGCGAGUUCGGCUGGAGGCCGCCCGGCAGAAGGAGCUGGCAGAGACCGAGCGACUACACGGACGGAACCCGAUUGUUUAGAUCGUACAUCGGGAUCAA